GCCAUAGUACUGUUAGCUGUUCGUGCUGUUAGUCGUUACUGCUGAGCCAGGAAAUUAAGUCUGCUCUGUAUUCGUUAAUCACAUUAUUUUUGUCAUGUGGGACUUGGUACUGUAUUAAGACUUUUUGGGUCAAAUACUGUGCCUCUUGCAUGCUUGAAGGAAAGUUUAAAAAUAACUCUCUCCUGAGAUGGGCUGGUCUGGCAUGACGUUCUGGGAUUAGAAUGCACCUUGAAUUGUGCCUUCUGCCCAUUACUGCAUCUAUGAAAAAAGCACACGGGCUGCAGUGAUAACUGUUAGUUCCCUGGCCAGAGGGAGGGGCUGGCUACAGUGAGGGAACAUUUUACUCUUAAAUCAUGAGGCCCCUGCUCUUAUCUGCCUCUGACAGCUUGCCACUGUCACAUGAGUAGGCAGGGUGAAUUUCAGCAGAAGGCCCCUCCCUCUUAUCAUAGGAAGGUCACAGGGUCGUGUCACUUCCCGACCCCAUUUAGUGUUGUAUAAUUUGCUCGGUGACUAAUGAGGCCGUGCCCUUAGACGGCAGGGUCGGCCGUCUGCUUAGAUUUCGCAAGCUCUGCAUUCAGGUCCCCUGUGGUUUUGGAGCAAUGUAAUGCACCAGGAAAAUGUAUCUAGACAUCUGCAGCCUGCACAGAUAUUUGACAUCGGCGAGAACCUGAUGGUGCCAGAUGAGUUCACAGUAGAGGAAAGGAUGAUGGGGAUGUGGUGGCGCCAACUGGUGGCUGGGGGAGGAGCUGGUGCGGUCUCUCGAACCUGCACCGCCCCCCUCGACCGUCUCAAAGUCCUCAUGCAGGUCCAUGGAUGCCGGAGCAACAACCUGUGCAUCAUUGGGGGGCUGACUCAGAUGGUCCGAGAAGGUGGGAUGCGGUCCCUGUGGCGGGGCAACGGUGUCAAUGUCCUCAAGAUCGCGCCCGAGUCGGCCAUCAAGUUCAUGGCUUAUGAGCAGAUCAAACGCUUGAUGGGAAGCGACCAGCAGUCGAUAGGGAUCCCAGAGCGGUUUGUCGCCGGCUCUCUGGCUGGUGUCAUUGCCCAGAGCAGUAUCUACCCUAUGGAGGUUCUGAAGACUCGGCUAGCCCUCAGAAAAACUGCCCAGUACUCUGGCAUCAGCGACUGCGCCAAGCACAUCUUCCGGAAGGAGGGCGUGGCCGCAUUUUACAAGGGCUACAUCCCUAACAUGCUGGGCAUCAUUCCCUACGCUGGCAUCGACCUGGCCGUGUACGAGACCCUAAAGAACUCCUGGCUACAGCAGUAUGCCAAGGACAGCUCAGACCCCGGCGUCUUCGUCCUGCUCGCUUGCGGAACCAUCUCGAGCACAUGUGGCCAGCUGGCUAGCUAUCCCUUGGCGCUGGUCCGGACGCGCAUGCAGGCACAAGCCACGUCAGAGGGCAGCCCUCGCAUGACCAUGACAGGUCUCUUCCGGCACAUCCUCAGCACAGAGGGCCCCUCUGGCCUCUACCGAGGCCUGACCCCCAACUUCAUGAAGGUCAUUCCUGCCGUCAGCAUCAGCUAUGUGGUCUAUGAGCACCUGAAGGCAACCCUCGGUGUACAGUCGCGGUGAGGAGGCCAGCGCCACCUGCUGGACACUGGCGGUGAAGGCCGCUGGAAGGACUGAGGAAUCCUGGGAGGGCCUGGGGUUUGUGUGGACACUUCAUUCUGUGAAUGCCUGAAAGAUAAGGGAGAUGCAGAUCAAUGCUAAAAAGACUGAAAGCUGCUGAUGAUGUGACCUCAGGGGCUGUGAGCGGAGGGACAAGGCUUCCGGUUUGUCUGUCGUCGUUCUUGUGGUAGUUUAACUGCUCACUGGUUUGGAGUGGUGCCUUAUUUUAAGGGCUGCAGCUGUCAUCAUUUUUGACAGGAUAAUUAAUAAGCUUCUAACAGGCAGUUAUUGAGACAUUUCUGCCUUUUUCAUAAAAGGUGAGCAAAUGCUGACUUAAACUGGGACCAGACUAGUAUCUGUUCGCUUCUGCGCAGUGCUUGGCUUCUGACUAAAACUGAUGUCCAAAGCACUGUUUAGUUUUCCAGUGUUUGUUCUGUGAUUGUCUUUCUCGUUGUGUUUUAAUAUUUCAUCACUUAAGAUUUAUGUAUUGUUUCCCUCCAAGGGAAAAUGGUCUAAUUCUACGACUGAAUUAACUUAGUCUCUCAAUCGUUUACAAGGGUGUUUGUCGUGAGUGCUUCUGGCUUUAAUAACUGAGCAGUCAGCCACGAUCUUCCAGGACAGGGACAAUAUUUUGCUACUGGAGUUUUAUAGAAGUAUUUUUUCUAAUUGGCUAUUUACAGGGUAAUAUUUCACAGGUGUUGAAAUCGACUUUGUUGUUCUUAAUAACUUCUAUGCUUCACAGAUUAUUUUGUGCCUCACAGGACUUUAUACACCGGUAAAAUGGAAUGCUAUGUUUUGGUUUUAAUUUUAAAGGUUAUGUAUAAUUAACAUCUUAUUUAGUAGUUUCACUGAUGCUUCCAUUGUAUUGCAAGUUAAACUUUUUAUAAUUUUACUUAGUUUCUGGGUCAAGUCAUGCAAUGGAUGUGGGGGCUUUGUACAGUAUUUUAUUUAAACACCACAGUAUCCAGACAGGACAUGUGGGUUCCUGAUGUCACUCACCCAGCUGUGAAACUGCACCUUUGAACCACUGAAUGCCACCCUGUUGUAAGCAAGUGUUCUCUGCGGAUUUCCACACAGCCAUGAUAAGAGGCUUCUGAUUGUAUGACACGUAUGUUUUAUGAUUCUGAAACACUUUUUUUGCACUUUAAUCUCAAACGAAAAUAAGGCGGCUUUAGAAACUUUGGAAUAUCUGUAACCUCCCUCAGAAAUUAAACCUGCCUUAUUCUUGUUUGUCCUAAGCUGUGUGGAGAGCAAUGUGGACAGAAUAUGAGAAUUCCACUAUGAUGGAUAGUCAGUCAAAAACUGGGAAUGUAUUUAACUACUUUGUGAAUUGAUUCUCUAAAUGUCUCCUCCCCCAGAGAUGUCAAUUACUUCUCUACCUCUUCCCUUCACCCUGAAUUUCUACUUAGGCCAUGUUGUAAACUUCAUAAUUAAGUACCCCAUCUGUUUAGAAGUUAGUCUGUCUUAUGCAUUAAAUCCAGUUGUAUGAAAGCUGUUGUACUUUUAAUGAUGAUGUAUGAAGACUAAGAUGAUGCUGCUUUUCUGAAUGUAAGUAAAGGAAUGAAUGGCAUGCAAAUGAAUAUUUAUGGUUCUUAAAUAAAAAUGAAUUUGCACAACUA